UCCCUCUCAGGAUUUCUGAAGCGAAGACAAGUCUAAAGCUUCCGUUUUUAUCUCUAACAGUCUAACGUAACUUUCCAUUUUUUGACAGGUUCCACUUUCUUUCUCGGUCGACCCUCAAUUCCCUUUAGACAUUCAAAGACGCCAGGAGGGGGCUGAAGACUGAAGAUGAUCUUUCAUGACCCACCUUUUCUUUGCCUAACAGUUUCCAGCUCACCAAAACACUGAAAAAUAAAGACGAUGAUGCUGACCACAAUUGUUUCUUGACUUCCAUGAAGUCUGUGCAGGUCAUUCGUCGAACUCAAUUUCAUUUAUUCGGGAAGUUGGGUUCGUUCCCCUGAAAUUCGCUCACAAUUUCGAACUAUGUCCUCGUGGCAGCAGACCCUCAAUUUGGAGAAAUCGAUCUUCAGCAACAAACCCAACAAGAUCAGGAAGCGAGGUUCUUCCUCCUCGUCCUCGUCUUCUUUGGUCCGAAAAUACCGAUUUAAGCGGGCAGUUUUGGUGCCCAUGUGGAACAUUAGGACUAAGUCUCCUUCUACGGGGACCCAACUCACAAAGCCUUUGUCUUCUUCUGUGAUAAGUGGCAAAGAGAAGGACCUUUCAGUGUCUGCGAGGAAGCUUGCUGCUACAUUGUGGGAAGUCAACGAUUUGCCUGCCUCGAAAGGGAAGAAGGAUUUAGGUGCAGAAAAAGUGAGAAGCAAGGAGAUAAGGAAGCAGAAAGCUGCCAACUCAUCGAAGCUAUAUUUGUCAGAUUCAUCAUAUAGUCCCAUCUCUGGAUCUGAGCGAAUGAAAGGGUUUGAAGGUGAGGGCAGUAGAAGAAGAGAAUCGGUGGCAUCUCAUAAACUUCAACUGGCAGAUUGCUACUUGGGAGGCUUUGAUGAUCUUGGCAAUAUCAAUUUCAAUGAGGGAGGUAAUCAGCAAAGAAAUAGUGCGUAUAGCAAGGACAUCGUUGAAGUCAAGAACAAUCUCAGCAAAGCUAGAACUGGCUUAUCUACAUCGAAGAAGCUUCUCAAGGCAUUAAAUCAAAUAUGCCUCCAUGAACAUCACACGUCAACCAUGCCUUUGAUCUUAGCCCUACGCAGCGAGCUCGAUCAGGUCUGCAACCAAAUUGAUCAAGUAAUCCAAGAACAGGGUUCAAAACAGAACGAUAUAGAGCAUCUCUUGAAGCAUUUCGCUGAAGAAAAGGCCGCUUGGAAAAGAAGAGAGCAAGGCAAGGUUCGUGAUGCAUUAUCACGCAUGGCAGAAGAGAUUGAAGUGGAGAAGAGGCUGAGAAGGCAAACUGAGAGGUUGAACAAGAAGAUUGCUCAAGAAAUGGCCGAUGUAAAAGCUUCCCAUUUGAAAAUUUCAGACGAGCUAGAAACGGAGAGAAGGGCAAGGGAGACUCUGGAGCAAAUUUGUGAUGAACUAGCUAAAGAUAUUGGGGAAGACAGAGCCAAGGUAGAAGAAUUGAGAAGAGAGUCAGCGAAAGUUCGAGAUGAGGUAGAAAAGGAGCGAGAAAUGCUUCAGUUUGCUGAUGUUUUGCGUGAGGAAAGAGUCCAUAUGAAACUUUCAGAGGCUAGGUAUCAAUUUGAGGAGAAAAAUGCCGUGUUCGAAAAGCUAAGAAAUGAGCUUGAAGCCUUCCUCAAAAAUAAAGGUGAAAAUCGUGAUGUUUCUCCCCUGUUGAAAAAAAUCAAAGAUAUCGGAUCAUAUCUUAAUAGAUGCCGCUGGGGAUCUGAAUCUACAGAGAAAAAGGACCAUAUAGAUGUUGGGGAUAGAGUAAAGCAAGGAGAUGAUGAAUCGGAUGAUAGUGAUCUCCAUUCCAUUGAAUUGAGCUUGGACAAUAACAAGAGAAGCCUCAAAUGGAGUUAUGCUUAUGAUAAUGACGCAGGAGAUGAACUCAAAAGAGUUUCAAGUGAUGGUAUAGGAAGGAAAUCUUUGUCCGAAAGAAUUCAGUGGGGGAAUAUUUGCUUCAACAAGAAGGAUUUUGGCCUAAAAAUACAGAAAAAUUCUGAUGGAUUAGAUCAUGAAGGAUCGAGUGAAUUGCUCUCGAGAGCUCAGACACUUGAUAAAAGCCAUGAAAUAGACAAUUAUUGGUCUAAAUCCAUGCCCUUGCAGUUGCAGGAUGAUAGUGGCGAAGCCGAGAUAAGUUUUUUGCUGGAAGGAGAUCAGCUGAAGCAAGAGGCUGCAGGCAGAAUAUAAAAUUUUAAACAAGGCUUUCGAAAAUUGAUGUAAUAGAUAGGUUCUGUCAUUUUUGUUUUCAAUUCCUAAUGUUUUUUGCCCCUGCUUUUUUUCUUUUCAAGUGUUAAAAAGUUUCAUUGAUCAGCACAGCA